CAGACACUGACAUUUCAUGUAUACAUGCGAAUGUUUCGAGACAGGAAUAAAGCGGCCCAGUCUACAAAUCGGUCAGACUCUCACUGAUUUUAGAUUUGUUCGGACGUGCCAAUUUCACCUGUAAGUUAGCAACCACCGUAGUAAUGAACAGCAAGAAAAAGAAUAAAAACCGCCAAAAUAAACCACCUAAUCCAAUCCCCCCGCAGAAACAAGAGUUGAGUGAACCCUUGAGUCCUUCAGAAGUGACAAAUACUGAAAUUGAGAGUGUUGUUGAAGAACGUGUGCCUAAUAUCGUAAGUGAAAAUUCUGAAGUAAAAGAAACUGACGAGACUCCUAAGAAGCCUAAGCGAAACAGAGGUAAAAAGAAAAUAGAUGAUGACAAGAAUGUUAAAGAAGGCGAAGUUAAGAGUGAAGAGCUUGCCGGAGAAACUGAAAUACAACCGCUUAAAGAGUCAUUAGACGAAUCCAAUAUAGCCCCAACUGCGCGUAAAAAUAAAAAUAAAAAUAAAAAGGGUCAGGGAUCCACCCAAGGAGAAAAAGUAGAAGAAAUUAAAGUUGAUAAGGAUGCUCAAAUUAGUGAGAGUACUGGUCAGACGAAGAGUCAAGAACAACUGUUAAUUGGAAAGGACGAACCAGAACAAGAAAUUAAGUCAGCGAAGAAAAAGAAUAAAAAGAAGAAAAACCGCAAUGACUCUGAAAGAUCUGACAAAGCAGAAGACGUUACUUGUACGUCUGCAUUCCAGAAGUUACUGUCUGAAAGUGCAAAAGUUGAAGCUACCGCAGUACCUCCUACAGACGACAGCAGUGUUUCAGAAGCUACGCUCAAGGAAGUAGAAAUAUCACCACAGGCUUUUAUACCGUUUGAUAGUAUUUUAAAAGAAACACCGCAAAAAGAUGAAGGUAACAAAAACAAGAAAAUGAAUAAAAAAGAUAAAAAACCACAGACAGUAGUAAUCACACCAGAGGAUAUAAAGUCUCAUGAAAUCGCAUCAGCCGAAAAUGUUGACAUUUCAAGUAAUGUCUCUGAAAUUAUUACUGAACUAAAUGUAAAAGAAACCCCAGAAAAUCAAGAAAGUGACGAAAAAAUGCCCUCUUGUUCUACAGCGGGUGAAAUAAGUUUGAAAAAUAAAGCAAAAAUUGCAAAACCGGUGGGAAAAAAGAAGCAAGAAAAAGGUAAUGAGAUUAUUGAAAAAGUCGUAGUUGAAGAAGCGAAAGUUACUCAAAAGGAACCUAAAGAAGAAACUAAAAUAACCGAUGUCUUACCGACAGAAGAUUUAGAUGAUGUAAUACUUGUGCCGCUAACGGAUAUCGCACCAGAUUGGCAAGAAGAAGUGAAAAGAGAAGAAGGCAAUGGACCAGUCAUCGGCUGUGAAGAUAAAAAUGACACAAUAGAUCUUGAACAAUUAUGUCUAAACCACGAGAAUAAUACAAACAGGAUAAGCUCUCCAAACCCUUCAAGAAGAACGGAAACAAUACGAUCUUCUGAUGUUACAUCUGAAUCCGAAAUAUGUAGCACCUCUACAGAAACGGCAGUACAACAACCUGCCGUGAAUUCCGACUUAAAAGUGGAUAAUACUCCAGAAGAAAAGGUGAUCUCUCAAGAAAAUAAAUCGAAAAACCUUGAAGUCAAGGAUGGAAAUAAAAAAAAGGAUAAAAGAAAGAAAUCUCCUAGACCUACAACCCAUAUUGAAAGGGCGUCAAAAAUAGGUAUCCCGACUGCGAUGCCUAAAUCUGAUGAAGUUUUGGUGAAUAUAAGUAGUAAAAUGCCCGAACAGACAGACGUUUUAUUUGAAGAGAAACAGGAUGAUAGCCAUUCCGAACCUAAGGUGCCACCAUUAGAAUCUGGAAAGAUAAAGGUUUCUGGUAACGAUAAAAAGAAAUCUAGUAAAGAACAGAAAGCAACGAGUUCUGCAAUAAAGGAAGAUAUUGUACAAUCUGAAUUAACUCUAGUCGGCGGGCUUAUGUUACCAGCAGCAACGGGCCUUGACAUAGUUAGAAUAGAAACUGAAGACUUGCCCGAAAUGCAUUCAGACGUCCAAGAUGAGAAAAAGGAGACUGAGAAAGAUGAAAUGGAACGCGUUCAAACUCCUGAUAACCUAAAGCAUCAGAGAAGAAAGAAGUCACCAAAACCUAUUGACCUUAGCAUUGCGUCGGGCUCUAAAACCUCUCAAAAAUCAAAGCAAAAUACUUUGAACAUUGAUGAUAUCAUAAUUAUUCAAGCAGAGGUUGUAAGUGAAGAAAUGGCCCAAAAAGGUGACUCAUUUGUUGCAAGUGAAGAAAGUACCAAUAAAAAGGACACUAUUAAAUCAGAUGUUAAACAUGGAUGUGAAAAGUCUAAAAAGAGGAAAAAAUCUCCUAAACCUCUUCAACAGGGUUUUACUCAAGAAAUGAAAUGUACUACUGAAAAAGAUUCCGUUUUAGAAACUCAGGGAGUAGUAAAAAUGCCCGUAACUCCUAUGCCACAAGAUAUGAACUUAUUACCUGAAACUGUUGCUGUCGAGCUAGAGACACCAAAAAGCGAUUCAUUGCCUUCACCUAAUGAAGUCACACCUGACUUUAUAGAACAUCCAAGAUGCUCAAGUGAGCAACUUGACAGUAACAACAAUAUGGUAAUUCAAGAAAUUCAAAAUCCAGAUGGGAAUUUGAGUGUACCUGUAAUAGUGCCCGAAACUCCGUUUAUACAAAGUACUAAUAUCAACAGUCCAGAACUGGUACCAAGUGGAAUUAGACUGAUAGGUAUGGAACCUGACAAUAAACGCCUUGAAGAAAAAACUGACCUUAAAUCCAAAGUCAUGGAAGUAAAUCAAGAUAUGGAGGAAUUAAGAAUGUCUAUUGAAAGGUCAUUAGCGGAAUUGACAUCAUUAGAAAAAAGUGAUAAAGAUGUUGAAAAAAAUAUGGAGAAACAAAAUAAACAAAACGAUGAAAAGACUAAAAGUUUUGAUCUCAAACAAGAAAUACUUCAAGUAGGAAAUCGGCCUGCUUCUGACCCAAUUUUAGACACGCUUGCGGUAAACAAAGAAGAUUGUAAGCAUGCCGAAGCAGAAGUAACCACACGUAAAGAACCUGUUUGUCCUGCUAGGAAGGAUCACAAAGGAAAAGGAAAAUCUAAGAAAGGUAAACAAGAAUCGAUGAUACAAAGCACAUCACUACAGUCACCCACGAAUACGACAAGUACUGAAAAGUCUUCACAGCCUGAAAACAAAAACGAAGAAGCUAAUAAAUCAGAACAGUCAUCUAGUAAGGCACAAGAAAAAGAAAAGCAACAGGCCAGUGGAACCAAAGGUAACAAGGAUGACGAUUUAAUGGCGAGUGAAAAUAUUGGGGAAAAUAAUCAAACUGAAUUCCAUCCUAUUGAAAAUUUUGAAGAUGCCAUGACAUCCAGUGUCAGUGUUGACGAUGUAAAUAAAACGUUUGAAAUUAUUGCCAGCGAAGCGAAUUCCAGAUUGAAUGAAACUCAAAAUAACCCAGAGAUCAAUGUCACAGCGCCACAAGAAGAUGAUAAAAAUAGUAGACAAGAAAAACAAAAUCCUAUUUCGCCGCCAAAAAACUUGUUAGGCCACCCCGACAUUCCUGUGCCAUCGAGUAGAACAGACUAUAAAAAAGAAAAGAAUAAAACACCAAAUUGCAGACAAGCUAAAGUUAAAAUAAAAGACGCGAAUCAAGUAGAAAUAGAAAUUCCCGAAAAAUCUAAAGAGUUUCAGGCGGAGACUAAAAGCAAACCCUUGAACUUUAAAAAACCCGAUGAAUCAAUAUGUGUUACUAAUCAAAAUGAAGAUUACAUUUAUAAGUACAGUUUUCGAAAAGUGUUUCUGCAAUGCGCUUGUCACGUCUGUAAAAAGGAUUUGAAAGCGACUAGAGUCCCUUGUAGCUAUUGCAAUUUAAUUUUCUACUGCAGCCAGAAACAUAAAGACGAAGAUUACUCUCAGCACCAAGCAUUGUGCUUUGCCGUUUCAACAAUAGUUCAUUUGAAAGAUCAAAAGUUUAUCUACGCCGACUCGCGCAAUGUGACUGGUCACAACUACCGUCUCCUGCGCAUGCAGAUGAUCGUGUCCAGCGAGAAGGUGCUUAAGCGCAAACUGGUACCGUGGGAGCAGGAAGCUCUGUUGUACCCCCGGAUGUGUGCUCUCCCUAGCUGCAGGGAGUGGAGACAAGGAAAACUGAUGGAUUGUGAGGGGUGCGGGCAGAUAUCGUAUUGCUCGGAAGAUCCAGACCACCUCCCAAAGGGCCACUCCCGUUGGUGCAAGUCCUAUAACCUGUAUCGUGGUCUGGUAAAGCACCAGCAAACGAAAGGCCGCCUGGAACCAAAACUGCCUACACGUGUGCUGGAGCUGAGUCCUCUGCCGGAGAACAUCAAUGAAGUGUUGGCAGCGAUGUAUGAACAGAAGAUUGACAUGAGCGACAUAGAGUAUGCAGCGCUGACGCAGCUCGCGACCGCGCCACUCACCGCACUCUUUUGUCUGCGGCACAGACCUAACGCCGCUACUGGAAUCACUAAGAAAACUUUGACUCUCCACGUUGUGGGUGCUGAGCUUCAAUUCGAAGCCGACGUGCUUAACAAAUGGGAAGUAUUCCUACUACACCUCCUGCCUAACGUCGAGGAAAUUAAGGUUGUGCUGGUGGGCCCGGACCUUAAUCCUUCCAACUUACCACUGAAUCUGCUUGGGAAGAUCAGAUACUGCGAAAACUGCCAAAGAAAUAAACGCCGAGUACUAUUCGGCUUCCAGGACAAACGUACUUACCACGAGUUCUGGGCGAGCGAGGAUUUCACAGCGCCUGACUUGGUCUGCGCCUUCAACCCAAGCAUCCAGCGUUCUUCCGCAUACAACGGGAAGGAUACCUGGCCUGCCACCAUCAAUUGCAUCCUUAAGCUCAAAUCUCCUUUAGCUAUCACCUCCUACACCCUCUCAGAGUUGACCAGCGACCUCCUCAGGAUCCAGGAGUGCGCUACAGUGCGUUACAAUGUUCUAUGCGCACCAAGAAAUAAUUGUUUUGCUAGCGUACGCCCAGAUAGGAACUUCAUCUCAGAUGAUGAAGCUCCUCUGUUGUUUAAGAAUCAUUGUGUUACCGUUGUAUGUGGUGUUUAGUGUGUUUUAAAAUUUUAAUCAAUAAAGUUGUUUAUGAUUU